UCAAACAGGCACACAAUUCGAAUUUAGCUCCCCAACCAAUUUACCAAAAAUUCCACAUUUGAUUUACGCUUUUAGUUCAGCUCAGCUACAAUUACACAUCGGCAAGAUGGCUGAAAUCUUGGCACGCUUGACGCGUGUUUCGGAAAACUACCUCCAAGAACUGGAGGAGGAGCCGGAGCCACAAGGACCGCCCAAACUAACCAAGGCUGAGAAGAAGGCCGCCAAGAAGGAGGCCAAGCGACUGGCUAUGAUCGAGGAGAAGCGGCUCAUCAUGCGGGAUGCCCUAAUGCGCGAGCUGGAGAUGGGCAAGCACAUGGAGGAGAAAGGCAACGAAGAGUGGCACGAGAUGUGCCGCGAGAUCAAGAUCAAGGAGCUAAACGAGGAGAUGAAGGCGUGGGGCGAGCGCUCGGAGCGUAACAUUCAGGCCAAGAACGACCACAUCAAGAUGCUUCUGGACGACAUGGCGCAGACGCAGGAUCAGCACGUGCGUUGCUACAGCAAGACGGUGGAGCUGAUUGACCACAUCCGCGACUGCUUCCACGUGAUGUUGGGCGGGGUGAAGAGCAUGUAUGACCAGCAGGCGGACGAGAUGCUCAGGGAUUACUAUGAGGAGGUGCGCCGGCGAACCGAGGAGGUGGAAGCCAUGAAAACGAACUCCGAGAACAUAAUCCAUGCCACCAACAUCACCACCCGGGAUCAGCUGAAGGAGGAUUACACCAUCUACCUGGAGCAGCGCGAUGAUCGUGUGAAUACGGAGAUUGAGAACAGGUUCAAGAUUCGAGAUCAGAUUGUCCGCCGGAUGACGCACAUGCAGCAGCAACUGAACGACUUCGUGGAGUCGCUGAGGAGCACCGAACUGGAUGCCCACAAGUACGAGAAGAUCCACUGGCUGACGGAGCGGCAGGCGGCUUUCAUGGAGGAGUCACGCAAGCUAAACGCCGAGGAGUCCAAGUACAUCAACAUGCAGGCGGAACUGCAGCGUGAAAUGGUUCGCAUGGAUGCGGAGAACAACUCCACGCUCAACGAUCUUCGCCUCGAGUUCCAGUACUUCACCAACGUGCGCAAGAAGAUUGAGCUCAACCAGGAAAUGGAUCGCGAGAUCACGCACGAGAAGUUGCGCAUACUGACCGGCGAGUGCUACGAGCUGAUCAAGCAAAUGGAGAAGCAUGUGAAAAGUGGGGAAUUACUCUUGGCCCUGUCGAUCACUUGCAGGAAACUGCAAACCGAAUCGGAAAAGGUAAUCCUCGGCGGCGAGGUAUUCGACGAAACCGAGGUGGAGGUCGAUGAGAACUUCAAGCUGCAGACCCUCAACCUGAAGGAUCACGUGGACAUGACCGAGGAGGAACUGGUGGAGCUAAACAAAAGUCUCAGGAACUUCUGGCGCCGCCAGGCGAUGGCCGAGGCCCAAAACCUGCUGAUGCUGGAGGAGAAGCGUCGCCUCACUGAGGACAAUCAGCGCCUGAUCGACUUUAUCAAAUCCAUGAGUGUCACCGAGGAUCCGGAGGAGCUGCGAACCGCCAUGCAUGUUUCAUCGCCAACUCAACCCAUGCCACCCAAACUUUUCGAGACAAAGUGCCAGGAAUUCAAGUCCAGGAAGGUCGCGCAUUCGCCGACGGCACACAAGGAGGCCAAGUGGGAGGCCGAAGCCACUUUGAAUGAGGUGAUUCUGGACUUUUAAAUAUAUGUGGCAUAUACAAAGUUAAGUUUAAAUUUCAAAAUAAUCUCAAUUAAAUUGAAUAUUAGCUAAAUAAAUAUGUUUACCUUGUUUGCAAU